AGGUAUUCAUUUCUUGUCGUUUCUCUCUAAACUGCAUGUUAUUGUUGCCUCUCCAUUUGUUUGUUUUUGUAUCGUUUCAAAUUGUUGCUUUGAAUCUCUUUGUGUCCCCAACUGCAAUACAAAUCUGUAACUGCAUUUCUGAUUUUGUAUGACGUCAAUCGGAGCAGAAUUUUGGAUUUCUUUUUCUUUCCAUAUGUGUCUAUCGAAUUUGAUUUCGGCUCAAUUGCUUAUGCACCUUUGACCUCACUCGUUAACGGAGUAGUGAUCGCAACAGUUUUAGUUUAUUUAAAUCACUCAUCGAUUCCAGAUUCUCUAAAAGCGAUGAAAAAAGGUGUGGCUGAGAUAUUUAUUUAGGUGGUGUCUUUGUUGGAAGUCCUGUCCGUAGGUAGCUACUGAGCUCGAAGCAACAUGGAGGGCGUCGUUAAACCUGAUAAAACAGCAUUCACAGAGUGCUGGCGAACAUCGUUGGAGAAGCCUUAUAUUAUGAGGCUAGCCUUCUCAGCUGGUCUUGGAGGCCAAUUGUUUGGCUAUGAUACAGGUGUUAUUUCUGGAGCACUACUCUAUAUUCGUGAUGAGUUCAAAACUGUCGACAAGAACACUUGGUUGCAGGAAACAAUUGUUAGCAUGGCCGUAGCUGGUGCUAUCGUUGGUGCUGGAUUUGGUGGUGUAUUGAACGACAAGUAUGGGCGGAAGAAAUCCAUUUUGUUAGCUGAUGUAUUGUUCUUUGUGGGUGCAAUUAUUAUGGCGGCCUCUGUAGCUCCUUGGAUGAUAAUCCUCGGAAGGAUCUUUGUCGGUCUUGGUGUUGGGAUGGCGUCCAUGACAUCGCCACUUUAUAUCUCCGAAGCAUCUCCGGCUAGAAUCAGAGGAGCACUAGUCAGCACCAAUGGCCUCCUGAUUACAGGAGGACAAUUCUUGUCAUAUCUCAUCAAUCUAGCAUUCACUAAUGCACCUGGAACGUGGCGUUGGAUGCUCGGUAUAGCUGGAGUUCCGGCCCUGGUUCAGUUUUUCUUGAUGCUGUCGCUCCCCGAGUCUCCUAGAUGGCUAUAUCGGAAGGGCAAUGUGAAAGAGGCUAGGGUCAUUUUGGAGAAAAUCUACCCUGCCAAUGAAGUCGAAGACGAGAUGAAGGCUUUGGAGACCUCAGUCGAGGCUGAGAAGGCGGAGGAAGGUUCUAUCGGAGACACUCUAAUCUCGAAGCUGAGGCACAUUUGGGGAAAUGACGUGGUUCGUAGAGGGCUGUACGCGGGCGUGACCGUGCAGGUGGCUCAACAGUUUGUAGGCAUAAACACCGUGAUGUACUACAGUCCCACAAUAGUCCAGUUUGCAGGAUACGCUUCUAAACAGACAGCUCUGGCGCUGUCUCUCAUCACCUCCGGUCUGAACGCCGUUGGAUCAAUCGCGAGCAUGUUCUCUGUGGACAGAUACGGUAGGAGAAGACUGAUGAUCAUAUCAAUGUUUGGAAUCAUAAGCUGCCUCAUCGUGUUGGCUGCCCUAUUCCACGAAGCCUCCGAGCAUGCCCCGCCGGUCACUAGCCUUGAGUCUCUCCACUUCGGCGCAAAUGCCACGUGUUAUAAGUAUGUGCAAGCCUCCCAGCCAUCAAACUGGAACUGCAUGUCAUGCCUCAGAUCUUCCUCCGACUGCGCUUUCUGUGCGAAUGGAAAAUACAAGGCUGGAGCAUGCUUGGCCGUGACGGAUACCGUGGAAGGCAUGUGCGGGGCAGAAGGUCGGACGUGGUACACGAAAGGUUGUCCGAGCAAGUUUGGGAUAUACGCCGUACUUCUAUUGGGUUUGUACAUCAUAUCUUACUCGCCGGGGAUGGGAACUGCGCCGUGGAUCGUCAACUCGGAGAUAUAUCCUCUGAAAUACAGAGGCAUUGGAGGGGGAAUUGCGGCGGUAUCUAAUUGGGUGUCGAAUCUCAUUGUGAGUGAGACGUUCUUGACUCUAACGGAGACACUUGGUCCGGCGGGGACGUUCCUGUUGUUUGCCGGAUUUUCGACCAUCGGACUCAUUGCCAUAUUUUUCCUCGUACCGGAGACCAAGGGGCUGCAGUUCGAGGAAGUGGAGAAGAUGCUGCAGAAGGGUUUUAGACCCAAUCUUUGUUGCUCUUCCAAGGAUGGUGAUGACUCUUCCAAGGAUGGUGAUGAUGACGACCUCGAAACUAAGUAGUUUGUGUUUACUAUAUAUACUACUUUCUAAGUGUUUGAUAUAUUUAUGCCCACCAAGUGCUGGGAAUUGUUAGCAGCUCAACUAUCAACAGAGUACAAGUUUUAUUAAUAAUAUAGUAGUAUGACUUUGAGUUAAUAUUAAAA